AGGAUGUCGGCUGACUGGUGGACGCUGCCGCUGCUGCUGGUGGUGGUGGUGGUGGUGGUGGUGGUGGUGUGGUGGCGCCGCUGGAGCAGACACUUUGCGCGGCAGGGCGCUCCGGCCCUGCGGCCGCUGCCUUUCGUGGGGAACAUGCUGCCACUGGCGUUCCGCAAGUUGGCCAUGCACGACGUCGUCAUCCAGCUGUACCAGAAACUCGACCCUAACGCCUACGGAGGAUUCUUCCUGUUUUCUGUGCCACUCGUAAUGAUAAGAGACCCUGAAAUCAUACGGACGGUCACUGUUAAAGAUUUUGACCACUUCACAGACCACUUUGUGCUUUUCGGCAACAGUAAACAUAAUCCAAUGUUGCGGCGGAUGCUGUUUUCGUUGAAAGGUAAAGAGUGGCACGACAUGCGAUGCACCCUGAGCCCAGCUUUCUCUUCGAUGAAGAUGAAGAACAUGUUCUUACUAAUGACCGAGAUUGGACAUCAGAUGGUCGAGUAUUUGACGAAGAAAACAGCGGAGCAUGAGAUUUCUUCUGGCGGGGAAAGCAUCCUCACACUGGAGAUGAAGGACUUCUUCACACGCAUGACCAACGACAUUAUUGCAACCACAGCAUUUGGAGUCAAGGUGGACUCGCUUUCGGAGCCCAAUAACUCUUUCUACACGAUGGGUCGUGAUCUCACCACCUUCAGACCGACGGUCGCUUUUGGAUAUCUGAUAUCACCGAAACUAAUGGAACUACUGCGCAUACCAUUCUUGGACCCAAAGGUCGUGGACUACUUCACGUCCAUAAUCUCAGAAACUAUUCGGACGAGAGAGAAACACGGAAUAAUUCGCCACGAUAUGAUCCAUCUAAUGAUGCAGGCGCGACGAGGCGAACUAACAUCGCAGGAAGAAGAGGUAAACGGAACCACGGAAGUCAAAGGAAAGCCACCCCUUACCGAUGAAGACGUGACGGCGCAGGCGGUUAUAUUCUUCUUCGGCGGCUUCGAUACCGUUUCGUCUCUGAUGGUGUUCAGCAGCUACCUGUUGGCCACGCAUCCGGACGUGCAGCGGCGCCUACAAAGAGAAGUGGAUGACGUCAUGCAGAAGAGCGGCGGGAGGCCCAGCUACGAGGAGGUCCUGGCAUGCCAGUACCUCGACAUGGUCCUCUCCGAGACCCUGCGCAUGUACGCGCCGCUGCCGUCCCUGGACCGCCAGUGCGUCCGCCCCUACAGGCUGCCGGCGGCGGGGAGGGGGAGCUGUCCAGGGCUGGAGCUGCGGCCCGGAGACGGGAUCUGGCUGCCGGUGCACGCCAUCCACCACGACGCUCAGUACUUCCCAGAUCCCGACCGCUUCGACCCGGAACGCUUCAGUCCGGAGAACAAGCACCUCAUCAAACCGUUCACGUACUUUCCGUUCGGCUGUGGACCACGUUUCUGCAUUGCUCAGAGGUUCGCACUGAUGGAGACAAAGGUGGUACUGCUACACAUGCUGUCCAAAUUCAGCCUGCAAAUAGUUCCCAAGACUCCAGUGCCGCUCAAAAUUCAGCCAAAGCCAAAUCUCUUGAUCCAAGGUGGCGCUUGGCUGGGCCUUCGACGCCGAACUUGACUGAUUGAGUGCGGAAACGAAACUUAGUCUAUGGCGACCUCAGUAGUGUGUCACAUUAAGCGUAAUGUACAAGAGAAACCGAAAGUUGAUGUCACUUAUUGAAAUAUUUACUUGCUGGAUCAAAGAAAAGUUUCAUAUUAUGCCGUUAGCCAGGGAUAUUCGAAGUAUAGAAUACCGCCAUAUUAUUCACUCAGAUGAGUUUUCGAGGUAAUUAGUUUUCUUGCUUCCAGACGAGAUAUUCCUGAUUUGACAAACAUCUUUGUUAAUCUCUAGCCUGUUUUAUGACUGUAAUUAGAGUCUUCUACAUUAUGUGUUACAUGUUGCAGAUUACGCUAUCUUGUCAAUAAAGAAACUGGUUUAUAGAGUUUCACAGAUUUUGUCUUGGUGGCUGAGUUGAUGGGGAGUCGCGUUGAGACGCUACCUGUCACCCGGUUCCGUAAAACGGAGGGACACGACGGCUGUUGAUUACCUCGCUACGUGAGAGUGCUGCUAGCGGACAAGCCCACCAGUCUCGUUACUUACUGGUGGGCUCUUUUAACAUAGAAAAGUGAUGGCUUGAAAGUGGGUGCUCUACCAGGUGGACGGGCAGUCAGUGGGCACCUCAGGGCCUAGUUUAGACUCAGUCACAGCCCCUGUAUUACCGGUAAUGCUGGCGGCAUUACAGAAAUUCACCUACACUAAAACUGCAGCGACAGUCCGAAGAUUUUCAGGAAAAAGUAAUAAAGAGUAAACACCUACAAAAUAGUUAAUGAUCGGUAUUUGGCAAGCAGGAUGGAAGUAUAUGGAAGGAGAAGGGAAAUGUAUGGAAAUUAUCAGACUUGCUCAACCAAUUGACCGCACAACGAGAGCUAUAUGAAGAUAUAAGUUUCAGGAAAUUAUACUCGCUGAGUUACGUUAAAUGAGUGAGGAAAAAUUAGUAUUCCAGAAUAGGAGAGAGGUAGGGGAGAUUUUGGCACGUUUACGCACGGUCCGCGUUCAGGCAGAGCAGUUUUCUCGGGAAUCAUUCUUGCUGAAGCGCUUCCGAUAAUGGUUGAUAAGUACUGCCACAAGCUUCGUGGCUUCAGCGGAAUGAACAUUUUAGUGUGAAGAUCGUAUUUGUAUGAGCAAGGUGAGUAAAUUCUGCUACUCGAAUAUCGAAGCUCCUAGGGAGCACCACCUUUAGAAUUGACAAUAGGUGAAUUUACACUGAUCAGCCAGUACGUUAGCACCACCUACCUAAUAUAAUACCCGGUGUGUCCACUUUUGGUACGGAUAACAGUGGCGGCGCAUCGUGACAUGCAAGCAGCGAGACCUCGGUUGGUCGCUGGAGGAACUGGCACAUCAGUAGCACACACGAGUCACCUAGGUCCCGUAAAUUCCGGGGAGAAGGCCGAUGAGCCCUGGCGCCACGUUCAACCACAUCAACUGGAACUCUCCGCUGUGUUCCUCGAACCACUCCGUCACAUUCCUGGCUUCGUGACAUGGAGCAUUAUCAUCCUGAAAAAUGCCACUGCCGUCGGGAAACAUGAUCGUCAUGAAGGGAUGUACGUGGUCUGCAAACAGUUUACGAUACUCCUUAUGCGAGCUCCUCUGGACCCAUGGAUGCCCACGUGAAUGUUCUCCAGAGCAUAAUGGAGCCGCCGCCACCUUGUCUUUCUCCCACAGUACAGGUGUGAAAGAACUGUUCACCUAGAAGAGAAAAGAUUCGCGCCCUCCCGUCGGCAAGAAAGCAUCGGAAUUCAUUAGACCAUGUAACGCUCUGCCACCGCGCCAGUGUCCAGUUUCGAUGGUCUUCUGCCCAUUUCAGCCGUAGUUGCCGGUGUCGCGGUGUUAACACUGGCACAAGCAAGGGUCGUCGGCUGCGGACUCCCACCGUUAGGAGUGUUCGGCGCGCUGUGUGUUCAGACACACCUGUACUGUGCCCAGCACUAAAAUCUGAUGCCAGUUUCGCCACAGUUCGCCGGCUGUUCUGUUUCACCAGUCUGCCCAGCCUACGACGUCCAACAUCUGUAAUGAGGGCUGGCCGCUCAACCCCACGACAGCUUUACAUGACUUCACCAAGUGUUGAAG